CCAGCGUUAUGUUCCAUGCAGAUAAGGAGUGCAUUCGCUAAUUUUAAAGCCAGAGGGGGAAGGAAGCAUGACAGCAAAGUUUCCGCCACAGAGAACACUGCAGGGGCUAAACGCCUGUCUUGGGAAAAAGCUCAUUCUUCGUAUGAGACAGUGCUAAACUUACUACAGGCUGAUGGUGGGAAAAUGGCACAUAAUGAAACAAAUCUCUUUUUGGAAAUAUUGAAAUCAACUAAUGUUGGUGGCAUGAUUCUGGCCUUCUGUUUAUCUGUGCUUGUGGGCCUGCUGCUGGGCACCUUCGUUUACGUUCUGCUGACUUGGGCGUCGAGGCGCCGGGCUACAGCCAGGAUCACCAGGCGCUCCAAAAAGAAAUCUGGCUCUUCGCAGACCCGAGACCCCAUGAGCAGCCAGCUGGGCCUUUAUCGGAGCACUUUCCUGAGCGUUUACAGACAACCGUCGUUAGAGCCCGUGGGUCCUUUAGGGAGUAAACCCUCCUCAGAGACGUCCACAUUUCGCCCACUGCCCAAGAAAAGCAGACCUAGUCUGGAUCUGGCGAGUGACACACAGGUAGCCAUGUCGGAGGACACCGUGGCUUCAGACUCCUCUGAUUCAGCGUCCCUCGUCCCAAACAAGAGACACUCCUUCUGGUUGGGCAGCAAUGGGCUUAAAGGAUUCUUCCCCUCACACACACCACCUCCAGCGUAUGACACGGUCAUCCAUGCCUUUGAGGAGACUCGCACCUAAAACUGUCAACAGCACAAAUCAAAGUGUAAAUUUCAAAGUAAAAGUCCCUAUAAAACAUCACAGGCCUUCUGCAAAUGUGAACAAAGCUGUUGUCAAACUCCAAAGAACAUAAGGCCUUUGUACAAAAUGUACAUAAUGAUCUGAAUGCAUGCAAAUGAUUUAAAACACGUGUAUUAUUUAAUAGAAAAGACGGAGUAGAAAUGUUACACAACAUUUCAAACAGAUUUACUCAUUUUAAAAUGUGCAUUAAAUCCAUGAUUAAAGCUUAAAAACACAUGUGAAGACAUGUAACUCUGGAGCCACAGAAAACACUUGAAGGUAAUUAAAAUAGGUUUCAAAUGUGACUAACGCAUGAUGAGAAUGUGGAAGAAAUGUGGAAGUAUAUAAUUUCAUUUAUUUACAUGGAAGUACAAGUUUCACAUAUAUGCAUAUAUGUGAAACUUGCUUUCUGUAAACAGAAAUGAAACAAAAAAUACACGUUUUCACAAGUGGAAAAACGUUAACCCAUACAAGUCUCACGUGUAAUUUCAUAAAUUAGGACUUUUAAUACAUUUCAUGUGUAAUCAUAUGGAUGUCACACUGGACUUUCUCUGGCUUUUAUUUGUCGCCCCAUAGAUUUUAUUAGGGAUUUAUUUUUUCACACAUUAUUACCAGGAAGAAAUGUCCAAAUCAGAAUUUUCCCGUGUGCAGAAUACAUUUCACAUAUGUUUCAUGUCACGUGCACCUCCCAUCUGAGUUUCUGUAAAGUUUGUGUGUUUUCCCACAACCUUUGACUGCAUUUUCUUAGCAAACACAUCAUAUUCAUUUAAAAUGAGCUGCAAUUUAAAGAAAAACUGACACAAUUUCCAAUUUUUGAAAUUUGAGAUGCUUUUAGAAAAACGUGAUUUUUGUCUGAAGGGAUUGCCUAUAGAUGGUGUUUUUAAGUGAUUCGUGUAAAGAUAGCAAAUAAAGUAUAUUUCUGAAUUUA